GCUGCCCGCCCCAUCAGGCGAGCGGCAGAGACCCGCCCCGGCCGGCAGCGAGCCGGGCCCCCGCCGCAGCACCAUGAAGAUCAAGGAUGCCAAGAAGCCGUCUUUCCCAUGGUUUGGCAUGGACAUUGGGGGCACGUUGGUCAAACUUGCCUAUUUUGAACCUAUUGACAUCACUGCAGAGGAGGAGCAGGAGGAAGUGGAAAGCCUGAAGAGCAUCCGCAAGUACCUGACUUCCAACGUAGCCUACGGAUCCACUGGCAUUCGGGAUGUCCACCUGGAGCUGAAAGACUUAACCAUUUUUGCUCGAAGAGGAAACUUGCACUUUAUUCGGUUCCCAACUCAUGAUUUGCCUACCUUUAUCCAAAUGGGAAGAAAUAAAAACUUCUCAACACUACACACGGUGCUCUGUGCCACUGGCGGUGGUGCCUACAAGUUCGAGGAAGACUUCCGCACAAUUGGAAACCUCCAGCUGCACAAACUGGAUGAGCUUGACUGCCUUGUCAAAGGCUUAUUGUACAUAGACUCUGUCAGCUUCAAUGGGCAGGCAGAGUGCUAUUAUUUUGAAAACGCCUCAGAUCCCGAGAGAUGCCAAAAGAUGCCUUUUAACCUGGAUGAUCCAUACCCAUUACUGGUUGUUAAUAUUGGUUCAGGAGUCAGUAUUUUAUCAGUCCAUUCCAAAGACAACUAUAAAAGAGUAACUGGAACAAGUCUAGGUGGAGGGACCUUUCUUGGGUUGUGCAGUUUGCUGACAGGCUGUGAAAGUUUUGAAGAAGCUCUGGAAAUGGCAUCCAAAGGAGACAGCACACAUGCUGACAAGCUGGUUCGGGAUAUUUAUGGAGGAGACUAUGAAAGAUUUGGUUUACCAGGAUGGGCUGUAGCAUCCAGUUUUGGGAAUAUGAUCUACAAAGAGAAGAGGGAGUCUGUCAGUAAAGAAGAUCUUGCAAGAGCCAUAUUGGUCACCAUCACCAAUAACAUUGGCUCUAUUGCCCGGAUGUGUGCAGUAAAUGAGAAAAUAAACAGAGUUGUGUUUGUUGGCAACUUUUUGCGUGUGAAUACUUUGUCAAUGAAGCUUCUUGCAUAUGCACUGGAUUACUGGUCAAAAGGCCAGCUGACCUUGUUCCUGGAACAUGAGGGAUACUUUGGAGCUGUUGGUGCUCUGCUUGGGCUGCCAAAUUUCAGUUGAGAUACCAGAUGUCACUACACUGAACUAUUUUCCACCUGAACGACACUCGUUUAUGUCAACGGGAACUAAAUCUGGGGAGGGGAGAA